CUGGAAAUCUGUGCCGUUCUCCGUACCGCCGUCUUGACGUCAUGGCUUCGGCAAAAUACGAUGGCUUUGGUGGAGGAUGGGGAACAAUGACUGGAGGCAAUGCCGCAAUGGGUACGAUGCAGACAGCAGCUUUGCCGACUCAGGCAGUGGGAACUGCUGGGGGCACUGCCUUUCAGCGGCAGAACUUUGGAAACACCGCAUCCAUGGCCACCCAGAACAUUGCAGAUAUGCAGUACAAGACGAUGGCACCUGAUGUCAUGAAGACACAGCCUGGCGGUGCGUAUGCCAACAACUAUGAUGCUAUGGCAACAAGAGCUCCACCAACACAGACUGAUGCGUACGGUUAUGGGGGAUCGGGCUGUGGGGGUCGACCAAGCAGUGGCUAUGGAUGUGGGUCGUCGCGGAACAUGGGAGGCUACGGAGGACAGAAUGGCUACGCAGAUGGCUAUGGAGGAUCAAACUAUGGAACGGGCUAUGGAGGCUCAGCUUAUGGAGGUUCUGGGUGUGGCUACGGUUAUGGCUAUCCAACCAGCUAUGCACAAGGGCAACAAGGCCAAGGCUGCCAAGGCCAAGGUUAUGGAGGCUCGGCUUAUGGCCAAAACUAUGGCUAUGGAGGAUGCGGCCAAUGUGGUCAAGGUCAGGGUGGCUAUGGCUAUGGAUAUGGAGGUGGUGGCACUGGCUAUGGCGCUUAUGGCUAUGGCGGAAGCCAAGGAGUAGCUCCCUAUCAAGGUUACAGUGAGAGGGGCUAUGGAGGUAUGAAUGAGAUGGUGGCAACCCAGCAGUUGUCAGCGCAACAGGUUUACAGCCGAGAAGUUCCUGGUUCCUUUGCAGCUCCUGGCUACAAUGCCUACAUGGCUGGAUCAGGCUACCCUCCAGGCCAUCCUGCAGCAGCUGCAGCACAAGGGCAAAUGCCUGUGGGUCGGAAGCCUGGACGCACCCGCCGAAGCAUUUGCUGCUGAAGAGUGUGGCCUGAAGACUCUUUCAGUGGCUUUUAUGAUUCAUAUCGUUGUAUCACUCAGAAAUGAUUUGCAUUGAGAUUGCUUACUUCCAGUGCAUAGGGAUGCAUAGGGCAUAUAUGUGGACUUUGCCCAACAUCCCAAUGCCUGGAUAUCUCUUGCGUCUUUCACAUAUCUUUUCAUCAUCGCUUUCGACGGAGAUGGACGUGCGUGUAGCUCAAAAGCGCUGCUGAGUUCUUGGGUUUGGACAUGUCGAUCAAAAACAAGGUCCCUUUAGACAUACACUAGCUAUGCCACUGUAACGUGAAGUUUGUUGAAGUAUUGAAAUUUAGAUCCCUGA